AUGUCGUCUCUUUGUAAAACUCGACUUCAAGAGGAGCGCAAACAAUGGAGGAGAGACCACCCAUUUGGUUUUUUUGCAAAGCCUAGCAAAUCCCCCGAUGGCGGUCUUGACUUAAUGAACUGGACAGUCGGAAUUCCUGGUAAACCUAAAACUUCUUGGGAAGGAGGUCUCUAUAAAUUAACUAUGACUUUCCCUGAAGAAUACCCAACGCGUCCUCCAAAGUGCAGAUUUACUCCACCUUUGUUCCACCCAAAUGUUUAUCCUUCUGGCACUGUUUGUCUUUCUAUCUUAAAUGAAGAAGAAGGUUGGAAGCCUGCUAUCACCAUUAAACAAAUCUUACUAGGGAUUCAAGAUUUAUUGAAUGAUCCCAAUAUUGCUUCCCCAGCUCAAACCGAGGCUUAUACAAUGUUCAAAAAAGACAAAGUAGAAUACGAAAGGCGUGUCCGCGCGCAAGCCAAAGAAAAUGCACCAUAA